UCAGAGAUUUGUGAAGAAUUUCAUCGGCUAUACCAAUAUCGUUUUGAUUCACGAUGGAAGGAGAACAACCACCAUCAAAGUGCGCCAAGCUAAGCGACACAAACACAGAAUCGGAUGUCAAGCCGAAGCCUGACCCAUCAUCGGCGCCGGUUGACACAGAACAGCGCAAACGAAAGGUUCCCACAGCCAACGCUGGUUCACCGAAAUUGGAUUCGAAGGAUGAAGCAAAAGCUGGCCCAUCAACGGCAUCGGCUCCCAAGGAGGCUUCAUCGACGUUUCUCGAUUUGGACGAUCAAUGCCAAACCAAGAUUUUGGAGCAAAUGUCACCCAACGUUUUAAGCGCGAUGGCUGAGGUAUGCGUCAAGUACAAGGAGAUUGCGCAACGCUUCUUCGUCACCAAGCAUCGCGACUUCAAUCUGUCAUCAUUGAUCGAAACGCCAGAUGGCAAAUUCACAUUGGUCCAGGUACGCCGAUUGCUGUACAAUUUCGGCCACUUGAUUGCGUCGCUCACCAUAAAUUUGGAUGGGCUUAACGAACGCGGUGGUGUCGGUAAGCUGCUCACAUUGGUCAGCAAAUAUUGCACUGACACGCUCACCGAAUUGACAUUCGAAAAUCAGCCAAACCAUUCGCUCGUUGGCAUCAGUGGAAUGACCGAGUACGUGGGAAUUUCAAUGCUUGGCAUGGAAAUGAUGAUGAAGGGUUCACCACCAGGCCAAUACGGCACACGCAGCAAAACGGUUUACCGCCGUGGGCAAUCAUCACAGAUUCAAGAGCUGCACCAAAUGAACAACUUGGCCGACUUGAACUUGGCGGACUUGAUCAACCACCGUUUCGGAUAGAGCCGACAGCAGCACAUGCCGACCACAUUGACCACAUUGACCACAUUCAAGCGAUUUGCUUAAAUGCACCAAGUCAUUCCACAUUGACGACUCUUUUUUUUGGAAGAGAAACAACUCUUUUGUCGAAGAAAAAACAUACACAAAAGACAAUUGUUACCCAUACAUAUUCAUUUUGGUUCCAUGAAGGAUUUUUGUUAGCCAUUAAGGCACAUAUUCUAAGACAGAUUUAUACAUUUUGAUGAAAUUUAUAUAAAUUGAAAUAAUUUACUGUUUACUUGUUAAACCUCGGAUUUGGUUAAGAAAUUGAAUAGAAUUAUGAAACGUUCCUUUUUUUGAAUAAAUUUAUCAUGAAGAUAAAAUUGAAUCGAAAAA